AUGGCCGCACCACCGCCGAGGGCCAAGGACCCCCUCGACGCCCUCCAGCUCCUCGUCAACGACGUGCUCGUGCAAACUGGCAAGGCUCUCCGUGCGUCGCGCCGGGACAGCCAGGGCAACGUCGGUCUGGCUCAUCCGGCGGCCCAAGCGAAACUGCCCGACACCAUCAAGGCCUUUCACGCGGCGCUAGAUGACCUCGAAAACGACAUUAUUCGAGCAAAGGGUGUCCUCCUGCGCGACCUCAACGAGCUCAAGGCGCAAAAGACUAGCAACAACAACCUCUCCGAACCACGACCUGUCGAGUCACAGUCUAAGCCCCCCAUGACCAUCGACCUAGACUCGUCGCCGCCGCCCGCAGCCAAGGACCAGCCCAUUAAGGCCGAGCUCUCCACCAAACCAGUCGCGCCUUUCCCAGACAUGGGCAUGAGUCUCGGCGACGGCCCCGAUGCAGACAAUGCUGUCAAGGAAGAGGCAACUCCGGCUGCGCAAGGCUCGCCUGCUGCUGCCGAUGGAGAGCAGAUCAAGCACGAAGGCGAAGCCGCCUCGGGCACGCCGUCGGGAGGACCGACUUUGGCAGACGGCCAUCUGAAUGGCGCAGACAUGCUCGGGGCAAACUCAGGAUUGAACUUCACAGACAUGGAGUUUACUUUGGCGCCGACCAACAACGACUCUCAGGAACAGACUGGCGGAGAUGCCUCCACCAUGAACACCACGGAUCCUACGUUUGAUCUUGCUUCUUUUGCUCCCACGGCCGGGGCCGACACCACCAAUCUGACAUCGCUGGAUAACAUGAUGUCCGCCGAUCUCGGCGGGUCAUCUGGAGCUCCGACCAACGAGGGAAAGGCGACCGACGCAAAGCCCGGGACUGAAGCGCCGGACGCCGCGUACGCGGACAUCUUUGGGGACGGACAGGCUGACGGCAUGGACUUCGACUUCAGCAUUGACGGUGGCAUGGGCGGCGACACCUUUGACGACAUGAUGAACGACCGGGAUAACACAUUCGACCCAAUGGAGCAUGGUGAUUUUGACGCGAAUUUCUUUGGCCUCGACAAGACCGACGACGCCUGA